UUUACCCCUGUCAGGGCGCAGCAGCCAAUUUCCGUUUCCGCCUUCGUGUCCGGUCGCGGAGGGCGGUUGCGGCGGGGCGAGGCGGGCAGGGAGCAGCGGUGCCGGUGCCGCCGCCGCCAUCGCCAUGGAGACGCUGUACCGCCUGCCCUUCGCCGUGCUCGAGUGCCCCAACAUCAAGCUGAAGCGGCCGAGCUGGGUGCACAUGCCCUCGGCCAUGACCGUUUACGCGCUGGUGGUGGUGUCCUACUUCCUCAUCACCGGAGGGAUUAUCUACGACGUGAUUGUGGAACCUCCCAGCGUGGGGUCGAUGACAGACGAACACGGGCAUCAGAGGCCGGUGGCCUUCUUGGCGUACAGAGUAAAUGGACAAUAUAUUAUGGAAGGCCUUGCAUCCAGCUUCCUCUUCACAAUGGGUGGCUUAGGAUUCAUAAUUCUGGAUCGAUCCAAUGCACCAAAUAUCCCCAAGCUGAAUAGGUUUCUUUUGCUCUUUAUUGGAUUUGUCAGCGUGCUUUUGAGCUUCUUCAUGGCCAGAGUUUUCAUGAGGAUGAAAUUGCCGGGCUACUUGAUGGGUUAGUACCUCUUGUGAUGUAUGAAAGCCCGAGCUGAAUUUACUCCUCUUCAUGAAGUGUUUAAGAAGAAGCAGCAAGAAACAAAUUCCGUAGUCACCAUCAACAGGAAAGAGACCUGGCUGUAAGAAACAACUAGGGAAAGAGUGCUUUCUCUGCAAACAAACUUUCACUACCAAUGGCUGAUUUGUAGUUUUGAAGCAAUGUUUUAUCAUUUCUGCUUUAGAGCUUUUGAAAAGAGCAAGUUACCUAGCUGGGUUUUUCUUUUUAUAUCCCAACUCAGUAUGAAAUAGAGAACUUAUCUUUAGCUCUACCUGAAAUAAGUAUUAGCCAUUGGCUUGACAGUUCUUUGUUGCAGGUCUGUUCCCUCUUCCCUGUGUGGGACAAUUACGUGUGUGAAUGAGAGAAGAAACACCUGAAACGUCUCUUCCCAAGUUAUAAUUAGAAAAUUAAUAACUUUGGAUGCUUUACAGUCAAAAUACAAUGUGUCUGAAAUGAUUUCAAAGGCACCUUUUGCCUUGAUAUUAAUGGCUCUAUGUGAGCAAAUCCAGACAUGCACUGGGAAAGGCAAACUGUAUGAAUGUGCAUUUCUUUUAGAAAAAGUGUACGAAAGGAGCCAAAUAAAACUUAUUUUCUACAAAAUUA